AUGCGCCGUGGUCACAACUACGCCCUGCUAACAAGCGGGGGCAAGCACAGGCACAGGCGCAAUCUGCGGAAGCUUUUCAGAACGCCACUGAUCUUGAUCCUCGUCACCUUCGCCGGCCUCUGGCUCAUGGUGCGGAUACUUUCGCGAAGAGGAAGUAUCCCCGCCAAUUUGUCGCUGUAUCCUGAUGCCGAAUUGAUCAAAGGCAAUGUCACCGUCCUCUAUGAUCCCCACGAUCGCCUUUUCAGUCCUCCACUCAGCACUCGAGGCCGCGACAUCGUCGACAAAGAUGGCAAGCGCUUCAAACUUGUCUCUGUGAACUGGUACGGAGCCAGUGACAUAUAUAUGGUCCCCGGCGGCUUAGAUGUCCAGAAUCGAACCAAGAUCGCCCGCAUCAUCCGUGAGCUAGGAUUCAACAGCGUCCGACUACCAUAUGCCGACGAGAUUGUUCGCAAGAAUCCGAUUAUCGACCCCGAAUUUCUGACCGCAAACCAAGACCUCAUUGGCUUUCGAGCAUUGGACGUCUAUGCUGCGGUUGUUCGCACCCUGACCGAGACCGGCCUGGCCGUCAUCAUCAACAAUCAUAUCACCCAGGCGAGAUGGUGCUGUGAUGGCUUUCCCUGUGACAUGGGAUGGUCAAACAGUGGCCUCGGGCCUUUAUGCCCAGUUCGACAGACCGAGGAGGAUUGGAUUCAAGAUCUCAUAACGGUGAUGAAGCCUCAUAUCAACGAUCCGCUGGUCGUCGGUACGGAUCUGCGUAAUGAAGUUCGUGGUUUUGCAGGCAGGUUCAUGUGGGACUCGUGGGCGACUGCCGCCGAACACGCAGCAGAACGCCUGCACCGUCUUCAACCGAAGUGGUUAAUGAUCGUGGAGGGUGUUCAGUCUGCCAAUGAUAUCAGAGGUGCCCUGCAUCGGCCUGUUCGUCUGACACAUGGGAACAAGUUGGUAUAUUCGUCUCAUGUGUAUGGAUGGUCGGGAUGGGGAUCCCUGGUGCCGUACUGGUACCGAACCUACAAGUCUUUCGCUGAUGACAUGGACAAGAACUGGGCGUACCUCCGUCAGACUGAUACCGCUCCUGUUUGGGUUGGUGAGAUAGGGGCUCCCAAUUCGCCAUCACGACGAGACUACCACUAUUGGAGGAAUCUCAUGAGGUAUUUGAGAGAGUGCGGCGCCGAUUUUGCAUACUGGGCAAUCAAUCCGCGCAAGCCGAAGAGCGAUGCUACUGAAACGUAUGGUCUGUUGCAGGACGACUGGCAAACACCCGUUUAUGACUACAGGCUGUUGGACAUGGCUGGCCUGAGACAGAAAUAG